AUGGCGUCAGUCUCCAUCAAGCCGCUGGACGGCCCCGGCGGCUACCUCCGGUGGAAGGAGUCGCUGCUCCUCCGCGCCCACACCCUCGGCGUCGCCCGCGUGCUCUUCGAGGACCGCCCCACCGGCGGCGAUGAGGCGGCGGCCAAGACGUGGGCGCGCAACGACGCGGUGUGCCGUGGCCACAUCCUCGCCACGCUCUCCGACCGCCUGCUCCCGGACUACGCCCGCUUCGCCACCGCGGCGGAGCUGUGGCGCGCUCUGGCGCGCACCUACGACGUGGAGACGCCCAGGGUCUGGCGGGACAAGUUCAAGCAGUUUAACUUCGACGAGGGCACUGGAGAGGUCCUCCUGGAGCAGCUCGCACACGCGGAGGCUCUGGCCAUGGCCGCAAAGCUCCCUGAUGACUUCGUGGCUGACGAGCUGUGCGGGAAGCUUCCGGAGGGCGUGAGCACGCGCGUUAUCAUGCGCUCGGGUCCCGACAAUGAGAUGGGCAUGAGCUUGGUCUGGGAUGCCGCUCGGGCGGUCGUGUCAACUGGCGUGGAACCGGAACUUCUUUGGGAGACGACGGCAAUGGCUGAGGAUGCAGAGGGCUGCUACUCUGAUGAUCCGAAGCCGGAGCAGAACACAGUGUGCUGGAAUUGCAGCAAGCCUGGACACAUUGCCAGGAACUGUGGCGAGCCGGGACGUGUUACCAGGAAACGCUGGCGCAGGGCUUGA